AUGGCCGCGCAAUCUACCCUCCGGAGAGCGGAUGAUCCGUUAAUAAUACUAUAUCGGCAUUACUCCCAGCUUCUUGAGUCCCGCGUUCGGAAUUCGUCCAGAUCAGCGAAACUAUUUGCUACUGUCGCCUUGCUUCUCUCCAUAAUUGGGAGUGGGUAUGGAGGAUACAGUUGGUGGAAGGACUGGACGAAAGAGAGACUACAAGGGAGGCGACUUUUACGCAGAAACUCGGGUCUUCGAGGGAAAGAUGGCUCAAGGAUCAUAUAUGUUCCUUACAAGUCAACGCUUACGUCCUCCAGCACAUCCAAAGUUACCAUCCACCCUACGAAGUCAACGACAUUCGACGCCCAUCGACGACUGUUCUUGAACCCUCCAAGAGCUGCCGGCCUAGGAGAAGGCUCAUAUGGGGGGGCACCGCCUCCAUCCACAAAGCCAGGGCUGAACCUAGCCUUCCUGCACCAACUGCUGAGCUUGCUGAGCAUUAUGAUCCCCCGAUGGAAUAGCAAGGAAACUGGCCUCCUAAUUAGUCACGGCGUUUUCCUUAUGCUGAGGACAUAUUUAUCCCUAGUGGUGGCAAGACUAGACGGUGAAAUUGUGCGGGAUCUCGUGGCUGGGAAAGGAAGAGCUUUCAUCUGGGGCAUUAUCAAAUGGUGCGGCAUUGGAACCUUCGCUUCAUAUACAAACGCCAUGAUCAAAUACCUCAAGUCGAAGGUCUCGAUUGCUUUCCGGACACGACUCACCCGCUACGUACAUGACCUUUAUUUGAACGACAACAUGAAUUACUACAAACUCUCGAACCUCGACGGAUCCAUCGGCCAAGGGGUCGACCAGUUCAUCACCCAAGACUUGACCCUUUUCUGUAGCGCUGUCGCAUCACUAUAUUCUUCACUUGGGAAACCGCUGGUAGAUCUUGUCGUAUUCAACUACCAACUCUAUCGUUCGUUAGGUCCAUUGGCACUGACUGCCAUCCUUAGCGGAUAUAUUGGCACAGCAACCCUCCUCCGUGGCCACUCUCCUCCGUUCGGAAAACUCAAGGCGGUGGAGGGGAAGAAAGAAGGCGAUUUCCGCAGUUUGCACUCUAGGAUACUUGCGAACGCUGAAGAGAUAGCGUUCUAUGGUGGUGCUGACAUAGAGCGAGUCUUCCUUACCAAGAGCUUCUCUAACCUCCAACGCUGGAUGGAGGGCAUCUAUAAAUUGAAGAUACGAUAUAACAUGUUCGAAGAUAUUCUGUUGAAGUACUCUUGGUCAGCCUUCGGAUAUCUGAUUACCUCGCUACCGAUUUUCCUGCCCGCUUGGGGCGGAGCUGGCGGUGUUCUUGAGAUGGCCACGCCCGGCGCAGGCGUCACUCGCGAACGAGGCCGUAUGAAGGAAUUCAUCACUAACAAACGCUUGAUGUUAUCGUUGGCAGAUGCUGGUGGCCGUAUGAUGUAUAGCAUUAAGGACCUGUCAGAGCUGGCUGGAUAUACUUCACGGGUAUAUACGUUGAUAUCAACCCUCCACCGCGUCCACGCCAAUUCAUACCAUCAACCUCGUGGAAGCCAAGUAGAACUGUACUCGCUGUCAGAUGUUCAAGGAACCAUCCACAGCGGAUACGACGGGGUACGCCUUGAGAAUGUCCCCAUCGUGGCUCCGGGAUUGUUCCCUCACGGGGGAGACGAACUCGUUGAAUCAUUGUCGUUUAUUGUCCAUUCAGGCGAACACCUACUCAUAUCAGGCCCUAAUGGAGCUGGAAAGUCUGCCAUUGCGCGGAUAAUCGCUGGCCUAUGGCCAGUGUACAGAGGCUUGGUCAGCCGGCCUAGAAAUUUUGGCCAGGAUGGCAUCAUGUUUUUACCGCAGCGACCUUAUUUGAGCACUGGGACACUGCGUGACCAAGUCAUCUACCCGCAUAACGAGCUCGACAUGCGAGAGAGUGGACGUACCGACAAUCAUCUGAUUGAGAUCCUCGAAGCGGUUCAUCUAGGUUACCUCCCUGCUCGCGAAGGUGGAUGGGAUGGGCGCAAGGAAUGGAAAGACGUUCUAAGCGGUGGAGAAAAGCAGCGUAUGGGCAUGGCGCGUCUCUUCUACCACGACCCACGCUACGUAUUCCUAGAUGAAGCCACAUCUGCAGUUUCCUCGGACGUCGAGGGUCUAUUAUACGAGCGUGCCAAAGAGCGAGGCAUCACCCUGAUAACCAUCUCCACCCGGGCGUCCUUGAAAAAAUAUCACACAUUCAACCUCACCCUUGGCCUCGGAGCUGAUGGGAUGAGCUGGGAAAUUGACCGUAUCGGGACGGAGAAGGAGAAAAUGGGGGUCGAGAAGGAGUUACAGGACCUGAGGAAGCAGCUGGACAGUGUUGACUUACUCAAGGCUCGUAGGCAGGAGAUUGAAGACGAGUUACAGAAAGUGUGGGUGGAGGAGCAGGAUACUACCAAGCUCAUCUCUGCCAGCUAA